AUGAAUGCGUCGAACCCUUCGCUUAAUGAGCAAUUGGCCGCGCUCGCACCCGAUGGUUGGUCGUGGAAACCGAGUGAUCCACCUGCACUAAUUUUCCAAGAUUUAUGGCUGAGCACGAAAUGGGUCGAUGUACCGCGCCUGAUCGACGAACUGUUUCCAGCGUUAUUGAUUCUAAAAGAUCCAGCUUCACCUCCCAGAAGAGUUAACAGUGAAAUCGAAAAAACCGUCCAAAUUCUCUGCAACAUUCGUUCUAUUGUCUAUCUACCCGAUAUUGCUUCACUCGUCACUGCCAUCGAUAACGAGAAUCGUUCGAAACCGCCAGAACAAAUGUGUAAUAUCGACGAAGAUAAUGAACGUCGUUCGUCGACUAGAUCAGGUUUAUCAAUUGUAAACGGUACUGAGCCAAAGUCUCCACUCGAUCAACUCUGCUAUGAUGUCGAAUCAUCAUCGUGUGCAAUUACCGACAAUUCAACAUGCUCAGACUGUAAAAAGAAGCUAUCGCUCUUUGUCUUUGGCCGUCGUUAUCAUUGUCGAAUGUGUGGUCAGACUCAAUGUUCAGAUUGCCAAAUAUGGCAAACUUGUCGCCAUUUGGGCUAUACAUUGCCCGUGCGCAUCUGUCAGGCGUGUUCAUUACACAAAAGAGGAAUUAUUAUCGAUGCCAUUUAUUCACACAUCCAGAAAAGUCUCAUCAACGGUUCUACUCAAUAUCUGUCUCUCUACAUCGCUUUACUCAAGCAUUAUUCUCAACAAAAUGAUUUUUUGUAUUCACUAUACGAACUGGUUGAAAAUCAUUUUCUGGCCUUUCAAAAUUUCGGCGGCGUCAUGCAAUGUCUUACCUACCGUUGCGCACCACAUGAAGCCUGA